ACAAACACGCCAGGCUCACUAAAUAUAAAUUUUAUUGUGUAUAUACGAAGUCGUAUCCACGCUUUACGUAACAGAUAAGAAACCCAGUGGUAAAUAUCAAUACGAUUAAAAGACGACAUGCUAUGGAACCUGAGUGUCAGUGGCGCACUUCCAAGCCUAACAUAAACGUGUGUGCGAAUUUUGAGGUGAAUAGUAAUAAAUAAAAAUGAAAUAUUGUGUAGUUUUUGUAUUAUUUGUAUUCGGUUUUCAACAAACUUCAUCCAAAGUAUUCACGAGAUGCGGUCUGACACAAGAGUUAUUGAGACAAGGGUUUCCGAGGAGCUUUGUUGGAAACUGGGUUUGUUUGAUUGAAAGCGAAAGCGCUAAGGAUACAUCUAAAGUAACCAACAAAGCGAACGGAGGCAAAGGUCUCGGGUUAUUUCAGAUAAGCAGCAAAGAGUGGUGCACAUAUCAGACUGCAGGGGGUAAAUGCAACGUGAAAUGUGAAGAUUUAAUAAAUGAAGAUAUAUCCGACGACGCAUCGUGUGCCAAAAAAAUUCAUGGACAGCUAGGGUUUCAAGCAUGGGCAGGAUGGAAACGUAAUUGUUAUAGAAGAACGUUACCCCUCCCUAAUUGCUAGAAUAUGUAAUGUUGGCCAAUAAAAACAACAACAUACCAAUUUCUUGUUUAUAAAUACAAAAUAAACAUUUGUUAGUGGCGAACUA